AUGGAAGAUCUUGCGCUGUCUGUUAUGGAUCAACAUUAUCAAAAAAUUGGUAAAAAAUGUGGUGAAAUUUUAACCAAUAAUAUAAAUAAUAAUGAGACAUUUUCAUAUUUAUGUACACUUUGUAUUGAAAUAUAUGAAAGUCUAGAAAAUUUUCAAAAUCAUUACAAAGAAAAACAUUCAGCACAAAAUAAAGCAAUCAAUUCUACUAAUUGUUUUGAUAAAGAACAUAAUGAUGAUAAUGAGGAUUUAAUUGAUAUUUCAUCAGAAAGUUCAAUUGAUUCAUGCGAUAAAGUUCAACUAGAAACACAAUCAUUAUCCUUGGAUGAAGUCGAUUGUACUACUAAUAAAAAGAAAAUUAUUCACACAAAAACUAAUGCAAGUAAUACAAAGCAAUAUGUAAAAGGAAUAAAAUCUAUAAAAAAAUUUAUUUGUUCAAUUUGUGGUAAAAAAUUUUCUAAAAAAAUAAUAUUUUUCGCUCAUAAAAAGAAACAUUUUCCACAAAGAAUUACAAAAAGGAUUUUUAAGAAUGAAAUUCAAUCAAAGUAAUUUAUAUUAAGUAUA